AAUAAUAAUAUUUUUGUUUUGAAGGCAGACUCCUUCUACAUCCGGUGGUGCUCACGCUAACCCUGACCAACUUAACCAGCUGUUACUGUCUUUGAGCAUCACCCAAACAUUAGCCUGCUGGGUAGCUACUAGCUAGCACAACUCUUCUACAAACAGCUCAUUAGCCGAGCUUCAUCUAUGAGUCGCAAAAGAAAUCACAGUUUCGCUGAAACGAACCUGUCCCCUGAACUCCACGGCGCCUUCAUGGAGCCUCCAGGGUCAGCGAACCGAGCCGACACCGAUUUCCUGGAGCUGGAGCCCGACGAGGAGCUGCUCUGCUCGGUCAGCGACAUAACCGAACACCUCGGUAGAAACAUCACCGCGGUGCUGGAGACAGCGCUGUCUGACAUCCGCAAAAUGGUCAGCAUUAGAGUACGAGUCUUGAAAAUGGAGCUACGCGAGAAGACGGAAGAAAUUGAGGUAUUAAAAGCGAGGCUGGAGACAGGACAGAGGGAUGGUAGAGACCCUUUCACCGGUGCUACCAGCAUGGAGUCAUCUUCAGAGGCUGGCUUCAGGAAACCAGAGCUCAGCUCCGGCACCAAGCACAACAGCGCUGACCCCCGCAGAGCCAAAGCUGUCAUGCCCGGCGUGAAGAAGGAAAAUAUAGAUGCUAUUUGUGACUAUCUCAUGAAGGACAAGAACUCGAGGGGCUGUGCAGAUAUGGAAGGAGACCAGAGCAGCCAAGCGAGCGGAGACAGGGACGCUCGCCAGGAAUCGGAUCCGCAUUCCCUAAACCUGUGGCCGGAGAGCGGGAUGGCUGGCUCCGGGCCUGGACACGGAGACUCAGAGUCAGCUACAGAUGACAUCUUCAGUAUGCUUCCCUCUGGUAGUAAACGCAUCUAUGACUAUGAGUGGAUAGCACCUAUGGAGUAUUCUUCAGACCUGAAAGUGAUGAAAGAGGCAGAGAGUGACAACACACCGACCGGUGAGACAGAAGAAGAAGACGACGACGACGACGAUGAUGAAGACGAGUCACAGAGGAGGGAGGGGGGGCUGGACCAGACCCAGGCUCCGCUCUCACAAAUCCAGCCCCCUGACUUCUCCAUGGAGCCCCGGAGCUCUCCAGGGGAGGGGGGGAGUCCCCUGGAGGGCAGCACAGACAGGCCCGAGGCAGGCCAGCAGUUCCCCAGCCACACCUACAUCUGCUCUCUGUGUGGAACCUUCUGCCCUGACUCUGUGUUCCUGGAGGAACAUAUUAAACUGAUACACUCAGACACAGCUGGAGCCCAGGCUCUGCAGGCGCUGCAGUCCACCUCUGCGGCCGCACCCACCAUCGGGGACGGCAGCAGCGACUCCAGGAGGGGCGGAGGAGGGGGGCAGAACGAGGGCGGCACAGGACCGGGGGCGGGGGCAGGUUUGGGCGUGGGCUUCAGUCGGGUAGUAGGGCCUAUGAAAAAGGAGAUUAAAAUCGAGGGGGGGUAUGAGUGUGGGGACUGUGGUCGACAUUUUAACUACCUGGGUAACCUGAGGCAGCACCAGCGCAUCCACACAGGAGAGAAACCCUUCAUGUGUCCAGAGUGUGGGGAGAGGUUCCGUCACGCUGCCCGAUUAAAAAGCCACAGGCUGGUUCACAGCGGAGCCCAGAGCCCCUUCCCCUGCCCCCAGUGUGGGAAAGGUUUCUCAGUGCUGUCCGGACUCAAGAGACACCAGCGGGUUCACACAGGAGAAAGCCCGUACGCCUGUCCACAGUGUGGCCGGCGCUUUAAGGAGCUGGGGAACCUUUACACCCACCAGAGGAUCCACAGUGGAGCUACUCCUUACUGCUGCCAGCAGUGUGGACGUAGCUUCAGACACCUGGGAACCUACAAGAGCCACCGCUGCACCCCAGCACAGUAACCUGACCCUAACCCCUAACCCCUAACACACAGCUCACCACCUGACAGUAACGUCUACGGCAGGGGUGUCAAACAUGCAGCCCAUGGGCCAGAACUGGCCUGCUGAGG